AUGAAUUUUCACACCAUGGUCGGUGUUGAUACGCCGCCGCUGCCGAUGCGGCUCGACAGCAGCAGCGACGAUUUGACCCGCGCUUGCACCGAUGGCUCUUGGUCCGCCUGCAUACUCGAUCGAACAUUAAUAUCUUAUCCUCUGGCCUUGCUGGUUGUUUUCAUUGGCACAGCCGCCACAUACACCAUCGUGACGGCAAAAAAGGAAGAGGAGUUAAACGUGGAGGCAGAUACUCUGGGGCCAGGCGGUAAGAGGCUGCCUAUGACCAAAAAGAAGAGCCGCCGCGAUGACGACGAUACCGAACGCACACGGCUCGGCCCGGUUCUCUCUCCGAUUGCGAAGACAUGGCUGAAAUGGAUCACCCUUGCCGUGUUCUUCACUUUCAUCGCCAAUGGCGUCGCUCACAUUAGCCAUGUUGCGGAGGAAUUGGAGAAGGCAGGAUUACCCAAAGAUGGCGUUGAGAGAUGGGAGGAAUCUCAGAGCAUGGCCGUUUACCUCAUAGGCUCGCCGAAUCUUUAUCUUUACCUAUUUAUUACGCACCUGGAAUGGCGUGAUAGCCCAACGAUAUCCCACUUUCUAACCUGGGCUCUUGGUCUCGUUGGCGAGUUAACGAUCUGCGUUUGCACCUUGAUCAAAAUCUUGGAGCCCCAAUACGUCAAGACAUCUCGUGGUCUUGAAGAGGUCUCGGCCUCCAAGUGGGAUCUGGUUGAUCUCAUCAUAUACGUCAUCCGCCUUGUUCUGAUGAUAUUCCUCGUCGGUAUUUACACCGCGGCCUGGCUUAAGAAGCCUCGUCACGAGGAUGACAAGGUUGAAGAGCGCAGGUUGUCUGCGCGCGCUGAAGAGACUACCCCGCUACUUAAUGGCCCCCGGACGUCGUACAGCAGCCAGUCUGGGCGGGAUCCUAAUGGACGAUCAGUUCGCAACUCUCGGAACGGAAGCGUUGUCGGCAACACUAAUGGCGUGGCAGAGAGCUCCACUGCUAAGGACUACCGAGAACCCGGUUUCUAUCGACCAGAGAAGGCUCCUCACAAGACCUGGUGGGAAUACAUCCGAAGCUACAGGGUUUUCUUCGAGUAUCAGUGGCCUAAAAAUUCAUCCAACCUCAAGCUGCUAUACUGCAUCUGCUGCGUCUUACUGCUUGCUCAGCGAGCCAUCAAUAUUGCAGUACCUCUGGUCGUGGGUUGGCUCACUGACAAGCUGACCAGCGGCCAAGCUCCUUGGGCUAUUCUGGCUCUUUUCAUCUUGCUGCGACUCAUGCAAGGCUCGGGAAUGCUUCUGGAUGCGCUCCGCGCUAUCAUAUGGGUACCAAUCUCACAAAACUCUUACAGAGCCCUUACGACGGCGGCUUUCGAGCAUGUUCACUCUCUCAGCCUGGACUUUCAUCUAGGGAAACGAACUGGUGAGGUUUUGUCUGCUCUCAACAAAGGCGCCUCAAUCAACUCCUUCCUCGAGCAGGCGACUUUCUCCGUUUUGCCAAUGAUUAUUGAUCUUUUCAUGGCCAUUUCUGUCUUCUGCAUCGUCUUCGACCCGACAUAUGGGGCCAUUGUUAGUUGUCUGACAUUUUGGUACCUUUUCCUUACGAUACGCAUGGCGCAGACUAGGGCCGACCAGCGUAGGAUUAUGUCGAAUGCUGACAGGGAAGAGGAAGCCGUAAAGAAUGACUCAAUUACUAGCUAUGAGACGGUCAAAUACUUCAACGCCGAACAGAAGGAGUUCCAACGAUACAGGGAGGCCAUUCAAUCAUAUCAAGAUGCCGAGAGAAAGGUGACUUGGGGUGUUAACAGAAUGAACGUCAUCCAGGCCUGCGUCUUUAUUCUCGGGUUCAGCGUGGUAUUGGUCUUUGGUGCAUACCAAGUAACCAGCCAGACAAUGAGAGUUGGCAGCUUUGUUACUCUCAUGACGUAUCUCAACCAGUUGCAACAACCCUUGAACAUAUUUGGAUCCUUCUAUCGCACCAUCCAACAGGCCAUGAUUUCGGGUGAGCGCCUGCUUGAACUUUUCAAGGUCAAACCUACUGUUGUCGAUGCACCGGGUGCCCAGCCUUUGACAGAUUGCAAGGGCAACAUCAGAUGGAAGAACGUCGCAUUCAAUUACGACCCAAAGAACAAGGCUUUGAAGGACCUCGAUUUCGAGUGCAAGCCUGGCACAACCACUGCCUUCGUUGGAGAGUCUGGCGGUGGCAAGUCGACUGUCUUCCGCCUGAUGUUCCGUUAUUACAACACAACUUCCGGAAGCAUCGAGAUCGACGGACGAGAUGUCAAGGACCUUACUAUUGAUUCGGUCAGGAAGUUUAUCGGAGUAGUCCCCCAAGAUACUACUCUUUUCAACGAGUCGCUCAUGUACAACCUCAAGUACGCCAGGGAAGGUGUCACAGAUGAGGAGGUAUACGAGGCCUGCCGGGCUGCCAGCAUUCACGACCGGAUCAUGUCAUUCCCAGACCAGUACAAUACCAAGGUCGGUGAGCGUGGUUUGAAGUUGAGUGGUGGUGAACGACAGCGGGUUGCGAUUGCACGAACUAUCAUCAAGAACCCGAAAAUCAUCAUGCUGGAUGAAGCUACCUCGGCCCUUGAUGCGCAUACUGAACAACUCAUUCAGGACAAGCUUGGGCAUUUGGGUCAAGGCCGGACGCUGCUGGUCAUAGCGCAUCGGUUGUCUACCAUUACACAUGCUGACCAAAUCAUUGUCCUCAACAAUGGAACCAUUGCUGAAAAGGGCACCCAUGAAGAGCUUGUUAAUGCUAAUGGACGAUAUGCUUCAAUGUGGGAGAAGCAAGUGCAGGCAGAGCGUGCUGCAGAGAAGGCUCGCGUCGCCCAUAGGAAGGCACAGAAACUCCUCAAGAAAGCCAAUUUUGGCUCCAAGAAGCAGACGGACGGACAUUCGGACGGAUACACUAGUCUUGACUCUUCGACAAUCCUGCCAGGCAGCUCAGGGGCCAACUCAAAAGCGAACACGACUGGCGAGGACUCAUCUAGUGCUUCAAGCAGCAGCUCUGACGCAGAUUCUGUCCACAGUGCUCACCACGACUCGGAUCACUCAGAACAUUCUGACCGAAACUAA